UAUAGCACACAUUACCUAUCAUGUGUGCUAUCAGCAGCAACCUUUUCUGCUAUGAUUAUCGCAGCCUUUAUCAGCUCAAAAGUGCAGAGGUGUACAUCCUGUCUGCAUGGGACUUAGGUCCACUUGAAGUAUGUGACACUGAAGCCAGUCUGCUGAUGACGGAAAGGAUGAGAAAAGAAUCAGACAUGUUCCUUCUGGUGAUAAGUUUGAUGUACUGGACUCAAUCUGAAGGUGGUUGCAGUGCACCUACUGUGAGUAUUUCCGGAGAUGAUAGGUUGCUUCCAGUUGGAAAGGGUUUCAACCUGAGCUGUAAAUUCUCGUGUUUAGAACCCCAACAUGUCUCCCAGAUGUGGAGGGAAAGUGAGGAUCAGGACAGAGUGUCCGUUUUCAACAUCACCUCCAUCCUCCCUGAUGUGAUCGUGGUCGUGACUGUUGACUCUGCUACAACGGCAGACACUGGACGUUACUUCUGCAUGACAAUGCCACCUGAUGCAAUCAGCCCCCAAGUCUUGAUUCAAAUAGCAGAUAACUUGACAACAUCUACCCUGACCACACCCAGCACUCCACUGUGUGACAGCACCCAAAAGCACAGCAGUGCAACAGGUCUGCUGGGUCAGAUAUGGUAUUGGAUUCUUCUUGGAAAAACUGCCAUCUUCCUUUUCAGCUUGGCUGCCCUAGCUGUAAAAUGCAUGCGAAGAUGAGAAGACAAGGAUCCAGAGCUCUCUCCUCAAUGUCGCCUUACUUCUGCCAUUCGCUUUUAAAUUUUUAUUCUAUAUUUUAAUUUCUGCAUUUUUUUUCAGUCCUUAAAUCAAGGAUUCCAUGUCAGUGAAGCCGGUCUUUGAUUGAUUAAUUUGUUCUGAAUGCUAGUGUUUCUUUAUUCCCCAAAGACAUUUUAAUGUUAAUUGUAUUGUUUUAUUUGUGUUACACAUUUAAAUAGUUUGGGCUUAUUGAACUUCUUAUGUAAGUGUUUAAUUUUCUUUUCAAUAUAAAUAUAAAAAUACAGUUUGAACUGUAAAUUACAACAAUAAAACAUUCUUUUGUCUUUUACAAUAAUAAUAAAAAUGAAUCACAAUGACAGUUGCAGCAUUCAUAUAUGGAUACAUGUAAUAUGCUGAUAUGACGGGAGGGAGGAGUUUACAAAUUCCACACAUAGUAGUUUUUAUUAAGGCUUAUUUUAAUAUUUUUCUUGGACAUAACCCAUUAAAAACUGGUUUGUUAAUUUGUGGCUUUUUAAAAAACAGAUGAAGUAAUCAUAAAGGUUAAGUUUUUGACUUUUGGCUGCUAUUCAGACUCUUGGCAUUAGUAUUACAGAAGUAUUAACAACAGCCCUGCAUAGGCCCAC